AUGGGCCGAACACGGCUGCUGCUGCCUCGCAGGCUGAACGCCAAGCCGCCGCCGCAGCUCGCAGCAGCGGAUCCCCCCGCCACAGCAGCAGCAGCAACAGCAGCAACAGCAGCAGCAACAGCAACAGCAGCAGCAACUGCAGCAGCAGCACCAGCAGCAACAGCAGCAGCAACUACAGCAGCAGCAGCAAGUCUCUUUGACAAUGCAGCUCGGGCCAACUGCGCCACAGCUUAUCUGCUGCCUUGCUGCAGAGACCCCCCAACAAACUUGCCCCCCAAGGGGGCCCCCCAGGCAGCAGCAGCAGCAGCAGCAGAAGCAGCAGAGGGGCCCCCCGUUGCCCUAGAGCCCUCAGGCCCUGCAGCAGAGGAUUCUUUUGCUGCAGCAUCAGCAUAUACGCCUGCGUCCACUACACAGAGUGCCCUAAAGUUCAGUGCAUGCGCUGGGAUGGGAUCAAGCUGCAGCAGCUGCAGCAGCUGCAGCAGCAGCAGCAGCAGCAACAGCAAGAUUUGCUGCUACAGCAGCAAAUCUGUGGGUAGAGAUUUGCUGCUGCAGCAGCAAGCCUCCCUUUGCGUGCAGCGGUGGAUUGAGCUGGAAGAGGGAUCGCUGGGGCUGCUCGUGGGGACCACCAGCGGCACGCUGUGUAUGUACACCGCGGGCGGGGCUUCCUGCGUCUGCUGCUCCUGGCUGCCUCUUCGUCUUCUUGACCUCCAGCUUGUCAGCAGCAGCAGCAGCAGCAGCAGCAGCAGCAGCGGCAGGUGCAGCGGCAGCAGGUGCAGCAGCAGCAGGUGCAGCAGCAGCAGCAGCAGCAGCAGCGGGGUCCCCGGAUGUCUAGAGGACGCGAGCUUCUUGCUGCUGCUGCUGGAGGACGGCCACGUUGCUGCUGUGCCUCUUGCUGCUCUCAGAGCAGCAGCAGCAGCAGCAGCAGAGAAUGCAGCAGCACGAACAGCUGAGGGGCUGCUGCCGCCCCAUUUGCUGGAGCAUCGGAUCCCCGCAGUGCUUGCUAA